ACAAGGUAAGUGCUUAUAAAAGUGCUACUCUUAUACUUUCACCCACCUGGCAUUUGGAAAUAAGCUACUGACAGAAUCAAAAGUAUUCGAACCUUCGAGUUUUGGUCGGCUUUUAUAAAAAGCAUCUAGCUCCACUAAGUUGAGCAUUAGUAUUUCUCUUUUACGAUUUGGACGGGAUCGUUAGUGGACAAUCCCCUCCAAAAUCGUAAACUUGAAGAGGAAUAAUAACGCUCCACUUAGCAGAGCUAAAAGGCACCAUUGCAAGUUGUGCUUAUUGGCUUGCCAUCUAUCAUUUCAAUUUUUUUCUUCGCUUUUUACGUUUACUCUUAGAAUUCUUUUAUUUUGUUACUUGGUAAUGGUAUGGCUUCUUUUGCUCUCUUAAUUCGGCCCUUCCCUUUUUUGUUGACUUUUUUGUUUUGUUUCCAUACUUCAUUUAAUUUAGACCGUAGAUUUCGGACAUGUUUAAUGAUUUUGUUAUUUUUGGACGUGUCUCAACUGGUCUGCUGACAUUUUUAUAUCUGUAUAUAAGGAUCCUUGCCAUUGCCUCAAAGAGGCAUAUUUGCAGAAUACCCUGCCACUCACCUUGCCCAUGCACCUCGUAGCUGCGGAUACCGCGGAUACGUUGUCACACUUCCAUCCACAAUCGUACGUAGUACUAGGACCCACAUUUUGAAAAAUUCUUCCGCCAUCUCCAUUCACUCUGUGUUGCAUGCAGGACGCGUAAGGCCCUCUUGGUAUCCCCGUAUCCGCGUAGCCGCUCCCCGGGACCCACAAUGGACUCAGUUUGAAAAUUCUUCUUUCACUCUGCGUUGCAUGACGCACAAGGCCCAUGCACUUCGUAUACCCUAUAUCCGCGUAGCCGCUCCCUAGGACCCACAUUGGACUUACAAAAAAAUUUAAUCUUCCCCUAGUGAGUUCUCAAGAAUGACUUCAAUGCUGUACACAAAGUGUUUAAAAAUGUGUUGGUGAAAUUUAACGUUCGUGGCAUAUAGCCCCUCCAGAGGGAAAUUGCCAUAGAAAACACCCCCCACCAAAACUGCAACAUGCCAAAGACAGCAGGGAGGGCCCUUAAUUGUGCCUGGUUACUUUCAUUAUUUUGCCAUAAUUAUUUUUAAUCAGACAGCCUAUAUGGCCUUCUGUCUUUGUCCCAUCAGGGCAGCUUUAUCUCAGUUGAUAAGUGGCUGAAUUAAUACAAUUUUAUCAUUCUCUUCUCUCAAGUUAUAAAUGUACUGAUAAUUGAGUGAAAUUAAUUAAUGAAAUAUUAUUACUAUUAUAGACUGACAUGACUGUUUUUGUUUAGGGAUUUUAAUAUUGAAUGUAAUAUUUUAAAUAGCUUUUGCAUAUAUCGGACAUGAUAUUUUGUCUCUGAAAUACGCUCUUAAUUCAUGGAAAGUACUUUUACUCAUGAACCUUCGCACUGCAAGGGUUAUGUGGGUUUCGCUGCAAAGUUCCGGGAAGUUCAAGAACACAUAGGGCAAAUUCGUGAUUCUCAGAACGAUUGACGGUGUAUACCAGUUCGGUAUGUUUGAGUAAAUUGCAGUGCUAGAUGAAAUAAUAUAGUGAUUGAAAGUUUCGUUUUGAGGCUAAUAUUUCCAUUAUGGCCAGUUCCUGCACAGAGACAAGCUGAAGCAGGGCACGGUCAAGUGCCGUGGGAAUAGUAUAUUAAUCCAAAUAGUGGAAAUUUGCCGCAUAAUGAGUUGGUCAGCCAGUGGAAUGUGACCCAUGGACUACAUGUAGAUUGGAGUUGGGGCAGCUAGGGGCAAGAGGUUACAAAGUUAUGUACCCCUUGAGGUUAUACAUUCAGGGUAUAUAUAUUGGGCUGGCCACCAGUUGGUGUUUGUCAUUAAGUCUCGGUGUAAUGGCUAUACUGAUUUGAUGCAUAUGGCUGCAGAAAAUCAACAAAUAUUCUUUUCUGUUUGCAUCUUUGAUUAAAACGACUUUCAUACGAGUAUAUAUAAGCCAAAGUAACCAUACAUCCUCAAUUCGGUCUUCUUCUGUCUUUGCCCUAUCCAGAUGCACUGUUAAACGUUGCCAAAGGACACAAAAACAUGAUGUUAAAAAAGGAAGAAAAAAGCACGGGAGACCAUGUCCAGAAAAUGACUUAGCAAGUACCAACCGCACAGAAUAGUAUUUCGUCUAGCUCACGUAGGCUAUUACGAAAUACGCUGAGCAAAAUUUGAAAAGGUCUACGGAUGUGUCAGCGAUGGACAUGAAUAGGAAGCAAAUUGCACGUGACAAUUUAAAAUUGAAAAUUGGACAGAGGCUUUAAUUAAAGACCAUCAUGGGACCAUUUCUGAAACGGGUAGCCUAUUUUAAAAUUGCCUAACACCUGGAGAGUCUAUACCUUGUGCUUAUCGUAAUAAGAAGGCCUCAUUCAAGUUGUGUUCAUCUCAAAAGUCUACUUCCUUCCGAUUUUAACGCAUUAUAGGGAAUGGAUCAGCGCAAUUAUGGGGAGUAAUUUCCUGAUCAAAAUCCCCCAAAGGUGUUUACUGUUUGCAUUUUCGAGUGGCAACUGAAUUGGCCUAUGGGUGCAAUCGGAGGAACUUAAACACGACAAAACGGGGGUUUGAAAUUCAUCUUAGGCUAACACAAAGCAAAUCACGAUGAAAAGCGUGCACUGAGUCUGUAAGGUUCAAUGAUCGUGUUUAGCAUGUCGGCUGACCAGUACUGUAUACUAUGGUGAGACUAAAUGAAUGUAUCAGAAAACUGAAUUUGCUUCCAGACAUGCCAGCUUUACGCAAGGGCACAAAAGUUUUGUUGUCACGUUUUCGAAAUGAGAGGACAGACCCAUGUACUGAUGUAGCCCCACGCAAGGUCUUUCCAAAAAAAUAAAUGAAUGCCCCACUAAUGGUCUUUCAAAAAGGGAAGAAUUUCAGAGUAAGGAGUUGGGAAUAAUGAUCAUUUCUGGAGCACACUGUCUGACUAUUUCAUCAUUGUUUCAUAAUGCCAGUUUGUGAAUUGCAACCUCGGGUACGCAACCACUGUACGUAAAAACUUUUUUACCCACGUCCGCCUGGAAGUCGUCCAGAAGGUUUUAAUUAAGAAUCACGGGACUACUGUCUUAAUCAUUGAGCUUUACGACGUCAAAUAAUUUCAUCAGAGUCAUAAAAUGAGUUUGCUGUGAAUUCAAUAUAGGUUACUCGGGCAAUGGCUUAUUACAAGACCUGGCGCAGAUGUCGGGCUGAAGUCCUUACUCUAGCUGCAAACAGUAGUGGUGAUGAGGACAACCAGCCCAUCUUUACAGCAUCCCAAUACCCCAGUGGAGAUGAACACGAAGAUUUUAACGAUGCUUUACCACAGCCAGUACAGGCAAACAGUUCUGAUAAUGGAAGUGGUGACUCUUCAACAACGCUAGAAUCUGAUUUAGACUCAGAUUUGGAAGAUUACAUGUAUGACUCGUCAGGAGAGUCUGAUAUCGAAAUAGAUACAAACGACACACCCACAUUAGAUGACAAACUCCGAAAAUGGGCAACUGAAAAUAAUCUCACUCGUGCAUGUGUAAAUGGACUGCUUGUAAUUUUAAGGCAUGAAGGACUCAGGCUUCCAAAAGAUGCACGCACACUUCUCAAAACGCCAAGAAAUGUUGUUGUUGCGGAGAAAUGCGGAGGAGAAUAUGCUUAUUAUGGAGUGGAAAGAUACAUAACUAAAACUUUGGUAAAGCAAGAGAACUUUGUUGAGGAAAGGAACUUGAUAUCUCUAAAGAUCAACAUUGAUGGAAUACCAUUGUACAAGUCAUCGAAAGACCAAUUUUGGCCCAUACUUGCAUCAUUUGGCAAUUUUCAUCCAGGUGUUGUUGCGCUGUUCCGUGGCAAAACCAAGCCAGAACCUGUCGAGCAUUUCCUACAAGAUUUCAUUCAUGAAUAUUCAACUCUUGUUGAUGAAGGCAUCACUUAUGAUGAUAAAAAGUUUGCGGUACAUGUCGAGGCUUUCAUAUGUGACGCCCCUGCGAGAUCAUUUUUGAAAUGCACGAAAGGGCAUUCUGGAUACCAUGCCUGUGAAAGAUGUACAGUGAAAGGGGCCCAUGUUGGUGGAAGAAUCACCUAUGACACAGUUGAAGAAACUGCUUCAAGGACUAAUGACCAGUUCCUUGAAAUGGCCUAUUCACCAGAUCACCAACUUCAACGAUCACCGUUGAUUGAGAUAGGAUUCCCAUGUGUAACGUCCUUCGUGCUGGAUUACAUGCACCUGGUAUGCCUUGGGGUCGUUCGAAGAAUCUUAAUUUACUUGAAAAAGGGACCCCGGAAAUGCAAACUGUCCCAACAGCUUCUGAACAGAAUAUCAGAAAAGUUGUCUUUUCUCAACGGACAACUACCCUCGGAGUUCGCAAGGCAACCUCGCUCACUGGACGAUUUAGAACGAUGGAAAGCCACAGAAUUCCGCCAAUUUGUUUUGUAUACCGGUCCUCUUGUGUUAAACGGAAUUGUAGAUGACAAUUUGUACGUACAUUUUCUCACUCUCACAGUUGCCAUUUCUAUCUGUUUGGAUACUCAUCAUGAUAAGCGAAAUGAGUAUCUUCCCUAUGCUCGACAGUUGCUAAACUACUUUGUUGAAAACUGCCAACACAUCUAUGGACCUACAUUCAACGUCUACAAUGUGCACAGUCUGACCCACUUGUGUGAGGAUGUUGAUCAUUUCCAGUGCUCCCUUAACGAACUGUCUGCAUUUCCAUUUGAGAGCAAAUUGAACAUUGUCAAAAAACUGGUGAGAAAUGCACAUAAUCCUAUUGCACAGGCCACAAAACGAAUGAUGGAAUCAGAAGAAGCUGGGGCAGAUAAAGCAGUUCAUCGAAACCACCUACACAUUUCUGUCAAGAGAAAGGACAGCUGUUUUUUGUUAAGAACAGAACAAUUUGCUUUCGUUAAAGAAAAACGCAAUGAUGGACACUGGGUUUGUGAUAUCACAAGAAAACGACAUCUACAAAAUUUGUUUACCCGGCCUUGUCAGUCCAUGCUGUUUAACAUUGCAUUCAUUACAAACGAUAACAUCGGGAAUUGUAGGAGACAGAUUCUUCAUGAAGAUGAACUGUACCACAAGGGCAUUUGUCUGGAAUACAAUAAUGGUUUUGUGUUGAUGCCAAUGCUGCAUGGUCAAGGAAGACGAUAACAUGUUGCACUGAUGUAUUCAAGAGCAGUUUGGAGGGAGGAAAAGAGAGAGGAGGAAGGCACGGUCCCGUCCAACUGGAUCAGAAACCGCAUGUUGUUUUGGCCGCCAGGUCCGAAUGCUAUCAAGGCAUAUGAAUCGCGACAAGAGCCCCGUGACAACUGGCGACAGUUUCCCCUGGUUAAACUUAAGCUUUCCGCAGAUGACCCCAAAACAUGUGACAGUUAUGAUGACACAACAACAGCUGAGGCCAGUGAAGAAGAAACUGAAGAAAAACGAUCCAGAAAGAGGAAGACAUUUGGGGAAGACUUUGAAACCGAUGUGUUUCCUGAGAAUGAGGAGCAAAACGUGGUUAAAGUGAGUGGUGGCUCCCCUCAAGAUCCCUUCAGUUUGCCCUCUGAACCAAAGAAAUACAGACUGACUGUCUCACCUGGAUCAACUUCACAUCCCAACUCCACCUUGGGCACAGGAUCACCGGGAUCGAUCUCAUCUUGCGAAUCGCCCAGAUCAGUUACACCUCCCAACUCACCUGCGUCCACCUCAUCUGUUGGUUCACUCAUGUCCAUCUCAUCUCCUUCCUCCCCUGCAUCUACUUCAACUCCCAUCACCUUGUUUGGUGGGUUGUCCUCUAAACAUGGUGAUAAGCUGUCAAUAUCUGGCAGCAGCAAGCCAUCGUCGCCAAACUCUGGCAACAGCAAGCUCUCAUCGUCAAAGCCUAUUAGCCGCAAACAAACAUCGUUGAAGUCUGUCAGUGGCAAGCCAUCGUCGCCCAAGUCCAAAAGCAGCAAAAUGUCACUGGCGUCAAAGUCUUACAAUGCCAAGUUGUCGUCACCUUGUGGCAGCGGGAAGCUAACAUCAUUGAGAAAGUCUCGCAGCUGCAAUUUUUCAGUGUCAUCAAGACCCGCCAGCGGCAAAUCAGUGUCUUCAAAAUCUGCCCAUGACAAGUCAUCACCGAAACCUGGCAGUGGCAGUUUGUCCUCCGAGUCUUGCAGUGCUUCUUUUCCCAUGUCUGACGCAAGAUUUCAAAAGAGGGUUUUACAUCAGCUUGUCGAGGUGAAAGAACUUCUAAGUAAACUACUGCGCCAAUCUGAAGGUUGUAUGUUAGGAGAUGAAGAGAAAAUCGCCCAGGACCCUGUCAAGACAAAAGAGGAGUUUCUGGAUCUUGAGAAGAAACUCCUGGAUGUCACCUACCGCUCUGCUUUGGUUGCUUACUGUAGACGAGUUGGUGGAAGUGACAUGAAGGAUAUGGUUCGGAAUGUGUUGAACAGGAUGAUGACCCCUUCCCUUCAGAGUGAGUUCAACAUGAAGGGACUGAACAAGAGUAAGAUGGCAUUUGGAAAAACUGCAUUAUGUGCAGUAAUCGAAGAAAGCGUCGUUGCUUCACACAAUACAACGGUGUCUGAAGUAAGACAGCGGAUUGCCAAGUACUUGAAGUACUCUUAUCAGAGACUUUGCAAGAGCUCUGCAUAAUUCAACAGGCAUGCACAUAGGCAUUGAGUCUUAUUGGGUCUUAUAUUGCAAGUAAAAUAGAUGUAUGUAUAUGUACAUUGUUUCCUCGGCUUUAUUUUGUCAGGUUUAUGAAGGUAGACUGCAGCCAAUCUAGUGAAUCAUAUAACCUGUUUCCUGGCUGUUUACUUUUGGAGAUUUUUACGAAGUAACAAACUAGCAAGUCUGAUUGUUUUUUUUGGGGGGGAGGGGCAUGGGUAAAAUAUUUUUCGGCAUUGCAAAUGACCAGAUCGUUGUUGGGGCUGUUCAAAGGAAGGUCUGUUUUCCAAAAGCUUUGACAAACCACUUUGUGAGACAAAAUUUUCUCAAAAUCGUGUUCCAUUUUUCCAUUUCAUUUUAAAAUUCUAAGCCAACUCGAUUUGAAUUUUGCGUUCAAGCAUGCAACUUUUCAUCAACUGAUGUCUGUUUUUCUACCUCUCAUAAAUGCCAUUACAUGUACAUCUAAAACGUAUUUUACUAAGUCUUACCUGGUUGGAAAUGUUUUGUUUUGCCAAAUAUUCGGUUACAUGGCUUAUUAUAGUAUUUGUGUGAUUAAUAUUUCCCAUUCUUGCCUUGUCCGUAAACGUACAAUUUUAAACCUUUGAACUGCACUGUUACAAAUUUUUCUGUACAUUAACAGAGAAUUUUAUGCCAAUUGCGAUUACAAAUGUCAUGCUAAUGUACAGAGGCUCAUUUUGUACAUGAACAAAUUUUUACCUGUGGAUUCACGAAGACGUUGCCUUCUGACUAAAAGCAACGGAGACGAUGUUCAAAGAGGUUUCUUACUAGGUUGAGGUUGGGUACCUACGCGUUUCGUCGAUGAUGACAUUGGCGCGUUUGGUUUCUUUUUAUGUGCUAAGACACAUUUCCUCCCGAUUGAUGCGCUAGGAUCACAGUUGCUACAAGACUGAUCUAUAAUGGCACGCAGCUUGCUUAUGUGCAUCGCUUUUUCUUUCCAAUUUGGUCACAGUUGGCGGGAUGGCAGGUUGAAACCAUAUUUAUUUUAGCAAUUCUUACUUUUUGGCACACAAGGUGACUCAGAAUAAAAUUCUCCACAAAAACAUUACCUUUUACUCGCACUAGUAAGAAACACGAGCAAAAUGGCAAAAUCACCUUUACGAAAGUGGUUUUGGGCACCAAAGACAAUAUGCAAAUAUAUGUUAAUUGAUGUUACACAGGUAAAUUGUACAUUAUGCGGCUAAGUGUACAUGUACCUAGUUUCAUUUUCACGUUGAUUGUGCUGGGGCAAUUGCAAUGGUGCGUCCAAAGCCAUUGAAUUUAACAGAAAUAUUGGUACAUAAUAUUUGGGUAGACUUUCGUUUUCAGUAAAGUGUGCUAACGGGUUAUUUGUAAAGAACGAAAGUUAGAUAAAUAAAAAAAUCAUAAUUCGUUGUAAUCAGUCGCUCUUGUCAAAAUUUAUUUUACAGCCAGGCAGCGUGUUAAGUCAUGUGAACGUCUUUUUAUCGUAAGUAAGUUUGAAAAACAAAAAAAUUUUGAC